AUGGCGGAUUAUUUUGUCGAGGACCCGAAAUACAACGAUGAUAUUUUUCGUCAUAGGUUCCUUAUGUCAAAACGUUUGUUUCUAAAAAUUGUGAGUGAAGUGGAAGCGAAUAACCCGUGGUUUGAAGAAGGCGUGGAUGCGAGAAUGAAGAAGAGUUUUACACAGUUGCAAAAAGUUACUUCGGCUAUUAAACAACUUGCAAUCGGUAACCCUCCAGACGAGAACGACGAGUAUUUACAUAUGGCCGAAAGGACUUCCCGCGAGUGUCUAGAAUAUUUCUGCGAAACGGUAUGUAAAAUAUACGCUCCCGAGUUAUUACGUAGACCAACAAGCCACGACAUGGCGCUUUUGUACCAAGCUCAUGAGGAGAAACAUCACCUUCCCGACGAAAAGAAGUUUAAGAAGCAACACGAGGCGGCAAGAAAAGACGUGGAACGGACUUUUGGUGUUUUGGAGUCAAAAUGGGGUAUAAUGAAUUGGCCAAUGCGUGCUAGGAGUGUGAAAAAAAUAGAUGACGGAAACGCGAUAGCACCAGUACACAUUCGGGAUCCUCCAAUCGAGUCCACUCUCAAUGACAGUGUGUUAAACGAGCUUAUGGAUGAAGAUACGCAUUGGAGACUAAAACAUGAUCUCGUUGAGCAUCUCGGAAGACUAGAUUUACCCCAUCUAUUGGUGGAAUCCGACAAAGAGUAG